AUGGCUGCGUCCCCGGCGGGGUCGGUGGUGAGCGCCGGGCUGGAUGAGAGUCCCACGGGGCUGAGCCCAGCCCCUGGGAAGGAGCUGAGCCCGGUGCUGCUGUGCAAGGUGUGUGGGGACACCAGCAGUGGGAAGCACUACGGCAUCUACGCCUGCAAUGGCUGCAGCGGCUUCUUCAAGCGCAGCGUCCGCAGGAAGCUCAUCUACAGGUGCCAGGCAGGGACAGGGCUUUGCCCAGUGGACAAGGCUCACCGCAACCAGUGCCAGGCCUGCCGGCUCAAGAAGUGCCUGCAGGCUGGCAUGAACAAGGACGCUGUGCAGAACGAGCGCCAGCCCCGCAGCACAGCCCAGGUCCAGCUGGACAGCAUCCAGCUGGAUGCUGAGCUGCCCCCUGAGCAUGUGGCCACCACAUGUGAGGUUCCCCCAUCAACCUGUCCGGCUCCUCGUGGUCCUGGUGCCACUGUCACCCCGGGUCCCCGAGCGCCCACACCGCCCACCAACCAUCGCUUCAUGGCCAGCCUGAUGACAGCCGAGACCUGUGCCAAGCUGGAGCCCGAGGACGCUGAUGAGACAGUGGAUGUGACGGGCAGUGAGCCGGAGCGGGCAGCUGGCGAGUACCAGGUGGCGCCGUACCCGGCAGCCAGCCCCGAAAACAUCUAUGAGACCUCAGCACGUCUCCUCUUCAUGGCCGUGAAAUGGGCCAAGAACCUGCCCGUCUUCUCCAACCUGCCCUUCCGUGACCAGGUGAUCCUGCUGGAAGAAGCAUGGAGUGAGCUGUUCCUGCUCUGUGCCAUCCAGUGGUCCAUGCCCCUGGAGAGCUGCCCGCUCCUGGCUGUCCCUGAGCCGGGCCCUGGGAAGCUGCUGCCGGCCACCCUGGACGUGCGGGCGCUGCAGGAGACCCUCAGCCGCUUCAAGGCGUUGGCUGUUGACCCCACGGAAUUUGCCUGCAUGAAGGCCGUGGUGCUCUUCAAACCAGAGACCCGUGGCCUGAAGGACCCUGAGCAGGUGGAGAACCUGCAGGACCAGUCACAGGUGAUGCUGGGCCAGCACAACCGUUCCCACUACCCCGGGCAACCCGUCAGGUUUGGGAAGCUGCUGCUGCUCCUCCCAGCGCUGCGCUUCAUCUCCUCGGAGCGCGUGGAGCUGCUCUUCUUCCGCCGCACCAUUGGCAACACCCCCAUGGAGAAGCUGCUGUGUGACAUGUUCAAGAACUGA